CAUACACACUGAUGUCAUGGGUAAAGUGUCAUCGAUAUCUGUGCUGACGUCAUUCGUGUAUGUGUUGGUGUCCUUGCCGUACGCGUUGACCCAGAGUCUGGUUGUGGAGACUGAUAAGGGGCUUGUGAAGGGAAAGCGCAUCCAGGUGCAUCAUGGGAAACAAGUUGAUGUAUUUUAUGGAAUACCAUACGCUAAGCCCCCUAUAGGGAGGUAUCGUUUCCGGCACCCUCAGCCGAAUGACCCCUGGGAUGGAGUUUUCAACGCUACAACGAAGCCAAACGCUUGUAUGCAAGGCUUCGAUGCUGUGUUUCCGGAUGAUUUCAAUGGCUCUAACCAGUGGAAUCCCAACACGCCCGUUAGUGAGGACUGCUUAUACAUCAACAUUUGGCGUCCGGUCAGCAAAUCACAUGACAGAAAUCUUAAGGCAGUAAUGGUGUGGAUCUAUGGAGGGUCCUUCCUCAGCGGAUCCUCUUCUCUGGACAUUUACGACGCGAAAUUCCUCGCAGCGGAAGAGGAUGUUGUCGUUGUAUCUAUGCAAUACAGAGUAGGCUCUCUUGGAUUCUUGUCCUUUGAUCACAUGGACGCGCCUGGAAAUGCUGGCGUCAUGGACCAAUCAAUGGCGUUAGAUUGGGUCCAAAGGAACGUGCACCGUUUCGGCGGAAGUACAUACAAUAUCACUCUGUUUGGGGAGAGCUCUGGCGCUGCUAGUGUUGGUAUGCACCUUCUGUCACCCCUAAGUCGGGGCAAGUUCGAUAGGGCUAUAUUACAGAGCGGAGGACCAACAGCGCCCUGGGCCACUCUUACACAGAACGAGUCUACCAGAAGGAGUCACGUGUUCGCUGGAGCAAUGAACUGCACGCGUAAGAGUAUACCGGAAAUACUAUUAUGCCUGCGUGAUCGGCCGGCGGCGGACUUCCCUACAAAGGAGUACGAUCCCGAUAUCGUGAGGGGUAUCUCACAAUUCCCUUUCGUACCUGUGAUAGACGGAGUUUUCUUAACGGAAUCUCCAGAAAACUCAUUCAGACGGCAACACUUUAAGAAAGUUCCAAUACUAAUUGGAUCUAAUUCAAACGAAGGAACGUGGCUUUUACCUUAUUAUAACAUAAACCUAUUUAGUUUAAAACAGGAAAGUAAUCUUAAACGUCGCCAAUUCGUCAUGGCUAUAGACGACAUGUUUGAUUACUACCCUCAAUUUCCGAAGAAAAUAAAUUCCUAUGGAAAAGACGCAAUUUUAUUUCAAUACACACCAUGGAAAGAUCCAAAUAGUAAAUCCAUGAAUAGGGACCGGAUCGAACAAGCUAUAGGUGACCUGAACUUCAUCUGUCCAGUCGUUGAACUAGCACAGACAUAUGCUAUGGCAAAUAUGACGGUAUACUAUUACGAAUUUGCUCACCGAUCCUCAAAACAGUUUUGGCCUAAUUGGAUGGGGGUCAUGCACGGGGAUGAGAUAUUUUUCGCUUUUGGUGAUCCACUUAUCAAUUUUAAAAACUAUAGUAAUCAAGAAAAACGAUUGUCGAGAAAGAUGAUGAAGUACUGGGCAAACUUCGCUAAGACCGGGGAUCCCAAUAAAGAGCCAAACCAUUCGCAUUUAAAUGAGUGGCCGGUUCACACACACACAGAACGGAAAUACCUCCGCCUGGAUACUCACCUGGUGAAUAAUCUGGACAAAUCCCAAUCCGUCCGAUCUGGUCCUAGGAUAAAACAGUGUGCUUUUUGGCGGGAAUAUCUACCAAAGCUGGUAAUGGCGACAGCUGACAUGUCGGAAUUGGAGAAACAGUGGAAGGUCCAGUUCUCCGAAUGGAGCACCAAAUAUAUUGUAGACUGGAAAAAUCAGUUUGACAGUUUCAGAAGAGACUAUGAACAGCGGAAUCAAGAAUGUGACCGACACUGAAAUGAAAGUGACACCUCGAAUCUGUGGCGAGAAAAUGUACUUCACACCUGACGUCAUCAAAAAUGUGUGCUAUGACAUAAUCUUCGUGUUAUGACGAGCUAUCGAACUACUUGACCUCCAGGCUUGUGAUAUCAAUGCGGUGCAAAACCAAGAGUCUACUCAUGAGCUGGAUAAAAAUAGCGUAAAGUGUCUUAAAUAUCGAUAUUCUAAAAUGAAGUCGCAUGCUUAAAGGAGUUCAUACAAAGAUUAUUUGAAUGAACGUUAUCGUUUAUAAAACGUUUAAAUAGUCAAUAUAUUAAUCUGGCAAUGAGUUCCAACAGCAAGAAAUAUGGUAAUUCGCGAUAAAAACGAGAUUCAAAAGGAUCAACAGAAACCAUUAGCAUCAAGUUCCAUUCGCAGUGCGACAAAUUUUUGUAAGUUUACAAAAUGGUUAAUUUCACACAUCUGUAGAAAUGGAAUUUAAAUACAUUAAACUGUAUAGGCUUAUGGUCAUAUGGUGAACGUCCUGAAAUUGAAACCGUUUUGAAAUAUGUGUCUGUGUUGCAAAUGGUGCAUUGACGGAGGCAUUCUGAUGAUAUUUGGCAUUUUGUGAGAAAUACGUCAUCAGUAUUUGUUAAUUUAAGGAAUCUUGAUUCAGUAGGUACGAAGUAUUUAAAAAUCGGGUCGAAUUAUUUCACACAUUAUAGAGUGAAUCUGUACGACUGUGUGGAUAGUGUUUUACAUAUAGAUAUUUCCAUGUAAAUUUUCUAGAUACUCAUGCUAGGGACUAUUUUCAAGAUUUCAAGCAUGAGUUCAUUACGGAAUAAAACCGUGAGAAUGAAGUUUAAAUGUUUUCGACAUGAAAUCCUCGCCAAUUUUUGAUGUUGAUAAUGUUUAAUUGAUUCGUGUGUGUGUAGACUAGCUUAUGUCUGGUGUGUAAAAUAUACAUGUGGAUUUAUAGGUAAUGUUCAAACCCAAGGAAAACCACUCAUGGUUAAUGCUUUUGUGCAAAAUUUCGUUUCAAGACAUAUCAGAAAAUGUGUUUUAGCGCUAUUUUACCCCAAGACUUAACGUAAAUGAGAACAAGUAGUGUAUGAUCAAUAUCACUACAGCCCAGAUCUAGACGUUCAAGUGGAGGAAUUCUGCUGUACGACAUAAACACCACACCAGAGUAAGUUAGGUGUGCCAUUGUCUGCAACGACACUUAAGUUUAUGUUUCUUAUACUUCAUGGACACUUUGUAAAAUGAAGCCAAAAGACUGCAAAAUAUAAAGUGUCGAAAUCAUUUACUACACUAAAAACAUAUAUAACACAACACAAUAGGACCCGGGAGAACAAUAGAGAAUUGAAUAUGACAAAUAAUAUUACAAAUAGGAGGACGGCGACAUUACACAUGUCAAAAUGACUGUCAUUUGUUUGAUUCCAUAUAACAUAACGACAACAAAACAGGACAUCAGAGACUAAUGGAUAAUUAUGAAUUAUGAUGAAUGUUAUAAAGUAAGAGAACAGCGACAUUACACAUGAAUAACUUAUUCUAUUUGAAAUCGAAAUAAAAUCUAUAUACGGCAACAAAAAUGUAAAAACAAUUUAUAUACAUGUUAAUCAUUGAUCUAUAAUAGUAUGUAAGUUAUGGAUAUAAACGACAUGCUUGACAGCAAAACUUUGUCAUUUAUAACAACUAUAAAUUCCAAGUAUCAAAAUAUUUAGUUACAUUAAUGUAUGUAUACCGUAACGUCAACACACAACCACACUAUCAGACUAUUGUAUAAUUCAUGCCAAUAUGUCAUAAAGGACCUUACGCACACACAUAAAAGACAGGAACCUACAGAAGAACAAGUGUGAGGAAUAAUAUAAAAACAAAACAAAAGUCAUAAUAACAAUAGGAAGUACAACAAAUAAGAAAUUUGAUAUAUACCAAAAAUACCAGGUGAAUGUGGAUACUAUAAAGCAUUAACGGGAUGGCAUCUGAUAUACGUAUGUAAAAAUACCAUUGCAUCAAAACGGAGCAUCAUAUAAUAUACAGCAAAAAAGGACGGGAAUGAGUAACAAAAGAAAACCAAGAAAAAAACUACAAGUACACUAAUGAGAGUAAAUGUUUUUUUUGUACAAACUAAAUAAAAUGCAAUGUACACUAACAACAACGACGACGACG